AUGUCGCAAUACCCCGUGCCGCCGUCGUUUGACGGGCAACACAACUACGCGCCGCCGUGGCCGGUGCGCCUUCCUGCCGAUUCGCGCGAAUCCAAGCAAUCCGCGGCUAACUUCUUCGCGAUGAACAACUCUCCAAUUGACUUCGCAACCUUCGCUGGCUUUCCAUUGGGCUCUGUCGCUCCAAUUCAGCUACCGGGCCUAGGAAUGGCUCCCAACGCUACAUCACCUUACCAACCACAACAUUUCGCAUAUGAUCAGACGUCGAUGCCUUUCUAUGGGACGUUCCACACCCCUUUCGACGCUUCAAAUGACCCAAUGCAUUCGGCUCUAGAGAAUACCGUUGCAAACCCUUCCAAGAAAAAGCGCAAGGCCUUGCCGAUUCGACGCCCGUCAAAAUCACCGAAACAUCACCCACCAGGAGCUAUCAAUGAGACAGACCGAGAAGAAGGGGAAGUGAGCGAUGGUUCGGGUCAUGAAUCAUCUCACCGUCAUUCUCGGCGUAAAAUGUACACAAGGAAAAUCACUCCGGCGGGCCCUGAAGCUUCUCUUUCACGAAGCCGGUCUGCAUUGGAUACGGAUACGAACCUGUCUCGAUCGCAGACACCCCCACGUAAUAACAGUGUCAGUAAUUUGGUGCCAGCAAGUAAUUUGCGUGCAUAUAAUCUACCAGUCACCGUUGGAGCGACCGAAGUGUCACAAGUCAAGCCCGAACAAGCUGAUGGUCUUCAGAUGGAUAAGAACAGAAUUAGUAAGAAAAGCACUAAUUCGCAGUCUUCCGGGAAAUCACCCGCUCAGAUUCGUAUCAUGGCACAAGGCGCUCUGCUUAGUCUAGCCCCGCAUAAUAUUCGAUUUAGCGAGCUUGUCAAGGAAGAUAUCGAUCCCACUGUUCUCAAGCAGCUUUAUGACGAUAUUGGAAUCAAAGUUACCCCAGUUGUCCCGAAGACAGACUCAGCGAAAGUUAAAAUCACAGAGCCUACCAUCGACAAGCUUGAAUCAAGGGCCGCAACUCAGGAAAAAUCGCAAGUAGCUCCGUCGGCUUCGGCGAAGCCCUUGGAACGGAAAGACGUCAUUGCUCGAAUGCUAGCUGAGAAGGCCAAGAAGAAGGCUACUGCCGUUAAUGCUGAUUCUGUUCUGGAUGCAACGACUCUACGCAAUGGCUCGUCUUCAGCCUUGGGUAUUGAAAAAUCUGCGGACGUUCUCAAAUCCCAGCCACCGACGCAAACUCCUUCGCAAACAAAAGAGAAAAAUAAAGCUCUUUCUGAACUUGCUAGGCAGCGCAUCGAACAACUGAAGAAGAUGGGACUUAAAAGGCAACAAUCCAAUCCUGAGAGUACAAAUGUACCAUUAGUACCAGCAUCAUCGUUAUCAGACACCACAAUCGUGAGGCCAGAGGCAACAACUCCACUGCAUCAUCCUCUCCCUGAACGUCCACCUGUUGCGCCAAGCUCACCCAAGCCUUCAACUCCCCAACAUCCAGAAUCUUCUAUUCCUUCUGAGUCUAGGGAUACGAGUAGUCCUUCGAUAGUUGAAAACAGAUCUAUGGGUGCUUCCACCCCAUUCAAGAACUCUCUAGGGAAGCGUCCCCGAGCUUCGGAUUUUGACGAACCCAUUCCGGAGAUCAAGAAGCAUUCGAUGAACGAUAGACUUGUGAUUGACAUCAGCGAGGAUGAAUCACUAGAUGAGGCGGAGGAUAUUGAUAUGUCCGAAGCUAGCGAUCCUACGAUGAAUACUCAUCCGUUGAAAACUGGUGACAGUAUACCGCGGGCCACUAUUUCUCGCAACGCAUCGUCAGCGUCGGGUACUCCUCAAAGUAGGGCCAGUGAACUAGAGAGUCUUCGACAGAAAAAUCUCGAGAUACAAGCCAUGCGCCGUCGUAUAGCCGAAUGGGAGGAGAAGAACGCCAAAAAGACAAAAGCCGUACCCCCUUCAGCAACCGUGGUCGGUAACGGCUCCCCUGCACCAGCGAGUGUCAAUAUAGAAACAGACGAAGACAAAUUUCAAGUUAACGCCAAUACAGCACAAAAUCUGGCUACCCCCUUGGAAAAGCCGAGUCCUCAACGCUUACAACGCAGCCCGUCGGUACAAUCAUUGGCGUCAAUGGAUAACUCUGAUUUAGAUCGAAUCCGCCAAAAACUUCUGCGGAAACGAGUCAUUGAAUCUGGUCUUCCUAAUCUGGAUGCUGAGCUGAUGAAAUACGAGGCUAAACUCGCGGAGUAUAAACGAGAAGAGGAGAUUCUGUUAAGCGAGAUAGCUCGCAGUCGAGAAGAACGAAAGAAACUCGGUGAAGAACUGGAGAGUCUAGGUAUGGAAACAGAAGGAUUGACGCUUGAAGAAUUGAGAGCUGCCAAGGAGGAUAUAGAGCGCGGUAUAGCGAUAGAAGUUGGAUUCGAGACACACGGAGUUGUCACUCCUGAGUCUAUGCUACCCUCCAAACCCUUGCAAGCUGCGACUACAGUGGUCGAACCUGUCCAAGCACCUCAAAUACCCGCAUUGCCUUCAGAUCCCCCAAUUCCUGAGCCUACUUUAGCCGAACGCCAGGGAGUCCCCAGCAUUACUGAGCUGGACAGUUCGGGUCUGGAAUCUUCCGGCUCCUCAAUGGACGAGUCGACCAGUUCCUCGGCGUCAAGUUCAAUGGAUCAAGACUCGGGAUCCGAGCCAGAACAGGAGGUUGCAGAGGCUCCUUUUGAGCCUAGCAUUCCCGCUGCUACAGAGGAUACCCCAGCUCACAAUUUAUCCUUGAUCGAGGCUUCCCAAACUGCCACGUUGGUACCUACCAACGUCACUUCUACGGAAUCCAAUGCGAUGGACGUGGAUCCUGCUGUGGACCUGAGUGCCGCUGCGGAUAGACUUAGUGCAUCCCGGGAGUCUUCGGUCUUGUCCGAUAAUUACGAACCUCCCGAGCCUGAAGAGUCGGAUGAAGCCUAUUCUCCGAAGCUCAGCCCGAAGGAUAUUGAAGAAUCUGAAAUUGAACCAGCACCGCAAUUGAUGGUUCCAAAUGACGCCAAUGUGACACUGACUCGCAAGCCUCAGGACUUCGUUGUCAUUGCAUCUAAAGGAGAUGCCCUUGACAAUACACCAUUGGGAGGUGACACGGUAUCGAAAUUCUCUCCUUACCAGAGCCCAUUGAAGUACUUCAAGGCCUAUCGCUACCAUCCCAAUUAUCUUAAGGAUGUUAAAGAUGGUUAUCGAUCCCUAACAUACAGUCAUCAAAUAAAUUCACAGCAACCAUUCUGUCCCUAUGAGGCAGCAGGAGGCGUCUGCAACGAUGUGACAUGCGAUUUUCAGCAUUUGCGAGAUAUAGUGAUGCCCGAUGACAAGAUCCUCGUCGACAUGAGCAAUCAAAGAGAAGGAAAGACCCCAGAAGAACGGGAAGCUUAUAUUGAAGGGUUGAAAGACCUCAUCAAUAGCAUGCAGCGCGAUCAGGUGAAAGAUUUUCCCACCAUUGCGGGUGAAAUUGCCGCAUACCGUAGACGUUUCCUCUCCGAUCCUUCACGCAUUCUCCCUCUGUAG